GAUGCUCCAGUCGAUGAAUUCAUAUAACACAAUGACAGAAUUACUACAUACAUCAAAGUGACACUUCACUGGAAGAGGAGGUCUGGAGACCACAUUGGCUCGUGCACCCUGCGCAGGGAGGAGGUCUGCACUAUUUAUCUGGGAUAUGAGCGCACCAUCUGUCUUUCCAUCAGCCAAUGAGCGCUUUAAUUCCCUCUCUAUUCACCGGCGGUGUCUUCACACUACAGACUGCAGAUGAGAGAGAGGCGCACUGCCUUGUGACGUCGCGAGAGAGCGAGGGACAGAAACGUUUCCGAGAGCGCGAGGAAGGAGAGGGAGGCUCCGCGAGCCGUCGUCGUCGUCCGUGUGCAGCUACCCGUGUUUCUUUUUUUUUUUUUGUUGCCGAUAUUACAUCAUAUAUAUUCAGUCCUGACUGGCUUCCACAGAGGAUACUCUCAUGAGCCGUUUAAUUCCCAUCGAUAUUUGGUAUUUAUUUUUUACCUGCAAGUCUUUUAGGCGACGGAAUCGUGGCAAGUGCGCUAGCGUCUGAUGUUCGUACGAUCUGCGUUAACCGACAGUCCGUCGGAGGUGUGUAAACAGUAGUGUGUCUCCGUUUACGUCUAAUACAACUCGCAAUCGCUUUUUUUUUUUUUUUGCGUGUGCGAUUUAUUGUAUUUGUUGUCAGUCGUUGUAAUCGAGCAAUACAUUUAAGCGAAGCACACCUGUAUAUCUUGUUUUCUAAUUCUUAUUAUUUUAUUGUUUUUAUUUAAAACUAUUCGACUGUUAUUUAAGCACACGAAUAUUUAAAAGCAAUUGUGCGUGGUUAAUCUCGCACACAAGCGACGCACGCAAUAUUAAUCGUACGAGAGCAAUUUCACGCGCACGGAGACGGAAGUUUAAUACGAAGCUGUGCGUAGUGAACGCCUAGCGCGAGCAAUUAAAAGAGCAUAUUUAUUUACCUGUCGUCUUACUAGUACGCACACGUGCACACGCACACACGCACAACGUCGUCUAUAUCAAGCAGCCCUCAAGGACCACCUCCACAGACUGUACCCAAAAGAGCCUGCACGACGCAGUGGAAGAAUGGCCCUCUGGUUUGUUCUGUCACUACUCCUGGGGUCUUUUUCACUUGCUGUGGCCUCACGUAACACAACUGCAGGUUGUGCUAUCAUUCGCCCGCCAAGAGACGGAGGGAUCAGAUACAGGGGUCUGACACAGGAACAGAUCCGCAGUGUUCAGGUGUUGCCGGUGGAUUAUGAAAUCGAGUAUAUCUGCAGAGGGAACAGAGUGAUUGUGGGACCAAAGGUCAGGAAGUGUCUCCCUGACGGCACAUGGACUGACCUGAACCAGCGCAGCAAAUGCUUGCUGCCGUGUGCGCGGGUGUGGACGUCUCUGGAGAACGGCCGUGUGACGGUUCACCCUCCAGGCCCAGCGGUGGAGGGCACCAUACUGCACUACAGCUGUCUGGAGGGUUUCAUCCUGGUGGGCAGAAACAGCACUCAGUGCACUAAACUGGGCAAGUGGGACUCACCCAAACCUGUCUGCCACUAUGACAGACAUUAUACAGGCAAGAAGAAGCUCUACAUUGGAGCCCUGUUCCCGAUGAGCGGAGGAUGGCCGGGUGGCCAGGCUUGUCUCCCUGCUGCCCAAAUGGCCCUGGAUCUGGUGAACAAGAGAACGGAUAUUCUUCCGGAGUAUGAGCUUGAAUUAAUCUACUACGACAGUAUGUGUGAUCCUGGUGAGGCCACGAAGCUGCUGUAUGACCUGCUGUACACGGAGCCCAUAAAGAUCGUCCUGAUGCCAGGCUGCAGCUCUGUGUCCACACUGGUGGCCGAAGCCGCGCGCAUGUGGAACCUCAUAGUGUUGUCCUACGGAUCCAGUUCACCAGCACUGUCCAACCGUCAGCGUUUCCCCACCUUCUUCCGCACGCACCCCUCAGCCACAUUGCACAACCCCACCCGAGUGCAGCUCUUCCAGAAGUGGAAGUGGACCAAGAUUGCCACCAUCCAGCAGACCACUGAAGUCUUCACCUCUACUCUGGAUGAUCUAGAGCAGAGGGUGAAGGAGGCAGGCAUUGAGAUCAGCGUGAGGCAAAGUUUCCUCACGGAUCCUGCUGUCGCCGUCAAGAACCUCAAGCGGCAAGAUGCUCGCAUCAUUGUGGGCCUGUUUUACGAAACGGAAGCCAGGAAAGUGUUUUGUGAGGUCUAUAAGGAGAAGCUGUAUGGGAAAAAAUAUGUGUGGUUUCUGAUUGGCUGGUAUGCUGACAACUGGUUCAAGAUCAAAGAUCCAUCCAUCAACUGCACUGUGGAGCAGAUGACAGAAGCUGUGGAGGGUCAUGUGACCACUGAGAUAGUCAUGCUCAAUCCGGAGACAGUGCGAGGGGCCUCGAACCUGACCUCACAGGAGUUCCUAGCACAGCUGAUGUCCAAACUGGGUGGGAAGAAUCCAGAGGAAACCGGAGGGUUUCAGGAAGCUCCUCUGGCGUAUGAUGCAGUUUGGGCCCUGGCUCUGGCUCUCAAUAAGACAGUGGGACCUUUGAAGGCGAAGGGACGGAGAUUGGAAGAUUUUAAUUACAAUAACAAGGACAUUACUGCAGAGAUCUACCGAGCCCUUAACACCAGCUCCUUCGAGGGGGUUUCGGGUCACGUGGUGUUUGAUGCCCAGGGCUCCAGAAUGGCAUGGACUCUCAUUGAACAGCUGCAAGGAGGAAGCUACAAGAAAAUUGGAUACUAUGAUAUGACCAAAGGCAAUCUCUCUUGGUAUGGGAAUGACAGGUGGAUAGGCUCUGGUCCACCUGCUGACCAGACGGUGGUGAUCCAGAAGUUCAGAUAUCUGUCACAAAAACUCUUUGUCUCCGUGUCUGUUUUCGCUGGCUUGGGCAUUUUAAUGGGGAUUGUUUGCCUCACCUUUAAUAUCUACAACAGCAAUGUCAGGUACAUUCAAAACUCCCAGCCGUACCUGAAUAACAUGACAGCAGUGGGCUGUAUGAUGGCACUGGCUGCUGUUUUUCCUCUGGGAAUUGACGGACUGCAUGUACGCAACUCUCAGUUUCCUGUGGUCUGUCAGUUCCGUUUGUGGCUGCUUGGACUUGGCUUCAGUUUGGCUUACGGAAGUAUGUUCACAAAGAUCUGGUGGGUUCACACGGUGUUCACAAAAAAAGAUGAGAAGAAGGACAAGAGAAAGCAGCACCUGGAGCCUUGGAAGCUUUAUGCCACCGUGGGAGUCCUGCUGGUUAUCGACAUCUUGUCCCUUAUGAUUUGGCAGAUUGUGGAUCCCUUGCACAUCACAGUAGAGAAGUUCACUAAAGAAGCACCGAAAGGUGACGUGGAUCAGUUGAUCGAGCCUCUGCUGCAGCACUGCAGUUCAGAGAAGAUGAACACAUGGCUUGGUGUCGUUUAUGGCUAUAAGGGUUUGCUGCUGCUUCUUGGGAUUUUCCUGGCUUAUGAAACCAAAUCUGUGUCCACUGAAAAAAUAAACGAUCACCGAGCUGUUGGGAUGGCCAUCUACAAUGUCUCUGUGUUGUGUAUGAUAACGGCUCCCGUCACCAUGAUUCUGUCGUCUAAGCAGGACGCCUCGUUCGCCUUCGCCUCGCUGGCCAUCAUCUUCUCCGUCUACAUCACUCUGGUUGUGCUCUUCGUCCCUAAGAUGCGGAGGCUUAUCACUCGUGGUGAGUGGCAGUCAGACCAGCAGGAGACCAUGAAGACCGGCUCAUCCACAAACAACAACGAUGAAGAGAAAUCCCGCCAGCUGGAGAGAGAGAACAAAGAGCUGCAGAAGAUCAUCCAGGAGAAAGAAGAACGUGUAUCAGAGCUGAGAAACCAGCUGUCAGAGCGCCAGGCCCUGCGCUCCAGAAAACGCCCCACCUCCUCCAGUCAGAACCACAGCUCUCCAUCUCUCCCCGCUCCUCAGAACGAUCCCAAAUCUCUCCUCCCGCCUCCAGGAUACCCCCUCCCUGCCUCGGACAACCACUCCCUCCCUCCCACCUUCUCCAACUCCUCCACCCUCUACCAGCCCGACGCCAAGAUCAACCGCAACAGCUGCCACCCCGGCCGACUGCAGCUCCUCUACAAGUGAAGCGCGAGGAACUGGGAUCAAAUGCUAGUUGGGACUCUGUGAACUGAAAAGGGGGAGAAAAAAUACGCUACCUUGAUUCGCGGCCGGCAAUUUUCCCCAUCUAUGCCCAGCAGACGGCCAUGGUUGUUUCUUUUGUUUCCGACACUUGCUGUGAUUCAUGGGAGGUUAUACACAGGAAGCUUGAGGAGUUGGCUUUGAUUGCAUCAUUUCAUGUGACCACACAUGCUGUGAACUAUUACACCAUUCAAAUGAGAAACCCUCAGCUGAUUUUGACUCGGAAAAUUGUGGAUUAACAAUGACAAGCUAAAAACGUCCUUACAAAAACAUCACAAAUUAUAUUAAAUGAUCCCAUUAUUCCCUUAAAACACAAAUAUUUAGAAAUACAUAUAUUGUCAUUUUUUUUCCUUUUUUUGCUUUGUAUGGAUGUUUUUAUUUCAUAUUUUCUACCAUUCAUUCAUGUCAGCUAAACACAGGCCAUCAUAGAGCAUCAAUCAGCCUAGUUUUUGUGGUGUGUCCAGGAAUGGUUUUGGCCAGUUGGCCUGUUGAAUCAAUGUCCGUUGGCAUCGGCGCUGUCUGUGAGAUUGACUCUGAUUGGCUGUAUGGUUUAACUAACAAGUACCUGAGAAUAAUAGCAAAAUAAUAGCAAAAGUGUUGAAAGCAAAGAAGUCAAGAAGGCACAGACAGAAGGCUGUAUAUAUCUUCCCAUUUUUUAAUCUGGAAUUAAAAAAAUGAUCAACAUUAGUCAAAUUUAAAAUGGCUUUGUUUAUAGUUUGUGUGCAGUCCUAGUUAUGGUUUCUGAAUGUUAAAUACAGACUAGCAGUUAUGGAGCGUUAUUUUCUCUCAUGUUGGCACAGAAUGUACCUUCUAGUUGGCCAUUGGCUGUAGCCGUCGCAGUAUCUUCAAGUGCAACUUUUAGCCAAGACGUGCGAAGAUGAGGCAACCAGCUUUUACCAGCUUUCGUCACUGCUAGUUCACGUUUGGUGUGUCAUGGCCUUAGAUUUGAACUCUGAAACUGCAUUAUAGAGACUGACCGAUUCACACACACAUUUGGUGAAGUGUCAAUCGUGACCACAUUUUGAUAUCAUGACAUAUCUAAUUGCAAUAUACUGUAUGUAUCGCAAUAUAUAUCAUAUAGUAAUGUUGCCACUUUCAUUACAGUCUGCCAAGCGUUCGAUAUGUAAUCGCAAAUCAGUGUGGUAACGACAUUAUUUACAUUUAUUCAUUUGGCAAACUCUUUUAUCCAUUGCAUUGUACAGUACAUCUGAAGUUUACAUUUGAUCAGUUUGUGUUCCGUGGGACCUUCGUGUUGCUGGCAUCAUACUUGAACUGCAUUUGAUUUCCAAAUACUUCAUAUCCUGUUGUUAAUCAAACCUAUUUUGCAAUUCCAUCAUGAGCUCAUAACCAUUCUUUCCAUGGUGUGCAGCUGACAGUAUUACAAAAUGUAUAACAGAUUUAUAGUUUCCUGAUUUAUUAGCCCGUUACCUCUGUUUGAACUCACUUAUUUUAAGGAUUUCUAUCUUGCAUCACAGUCAUGAUACCUCCAAUCAUGUAAUUUGUUGAAGAGAGGUGUGCUGUUGCUUUUCUAUGUUGCGAUUUCUACCAGGCAGAUGAUAAAUAAAGUGUGUAAUUGUUUUGUAAUAAGCCAACCAGAAGUCGUAGGAACUACAUAGCAAUGCCCUGCCUACCUGAGAUGAUUUUUGCAUGGACCAAAAUAACUUAAAAACAAAAAAAAGUUCUAGCUUCACAAUAAGUUGGAAUGAUUAAAUGAAAUGAUGCUGGUUUGCUUAUAGCCAGCAUUUCUCCCAGAGCAUGCUGGGAUAAUAUUAUUAGCAGUCACAAGCUGUUGAAGGCAUUUGAAGGCUUUGUACAGAGGAGAUGUAAUGUCAUCACAGAUUUGGUGGUUUUGUUUUUAUUAGAUCCCGUGUCGCUGAAAGCUGCGGAUUGAAUCUCCCAGCAUUAUAAUGCAGUUUGCUUCUAAAUGGCAGCUGCCAUGUUAUAUUCGUCACGGGAUGCUGCUACAUUGUUAUGCAAAUAACAAUAAAAUUGCAUUGUGCAGCCAUCUUUGUUUUGUGUUUGGUAAACAGCAAUGAUUUUUGAAAAGAGGAAUUAGUUCAUUAGAUUCACGUGCAAUGCGGUACUUCACUUGAAGACGCUCAGUCACACACUCAUCAGCUGCUUUGUGUCACGCUAACCACGUUACAUUUCUGAUUUAAACAAACACUGAAAAACUAUACAGUACAGUACAUGAUUUCUAAACACAGUAAAUUGGAACUGUAAUUCUCCAUGAAUAAAAUUCCCCCUAAAUGACAGUCUUCAAUGGUAGCUUUACUCCACAGCUGUGUGACCCUUGUAAACUCUCUUGCAUUAUCUCGUUGUGUGCGGCUCAGAUUCAUCAGCAGGCCUGUACAGCAAAGUUUCCCCGGUUUCAGCUGGACUAUUUAUGAUUCAUCUUGCCUGCCUCAUUUCCUUCUUUGCCGUGGCAAAGUCUCUCUCUCA